AUGUAUUAGACAACUUUUCUUGGUCGCACUUCUAGUGAAGUGGACUCCAUGGACAUUUAAGACGGAUCUCAAUAGUUGCUUGACAAUCAAAGUUUUUAUGAAUAUUAUUCUUCAUAAUCAAAUGCUAGUUCAAUUAUUGAAGAUGAAUCUAUCUCUAAAUAAUCUGUAAAUAUACAAUUAUUGCAUCAAAAUUUAAAAAAUUAUGGAACCAUGAGAGGAUUGCAUUCAUAAGUAGACAUAUCUACUCUGAAAAGAUUGAAUCAAUCCUCCUAUGUAGAAUUUGAUGAUUAGCAAAAAUAUAAAAUGAAUAUUGAUAUAAAUAGAAUUUAUAAAGGGGUUCCUGAAAAUACUACUAUUUGUGAUAAGGAAUACGAAACAAAAACUAUAUUUCACGAUUAGCUAUAUAAUCUUGAAGACCAACGUCAUAAUAUAGAUGUCGAAAUCUUACAAUUAAAAUUUUUACUGAAAAAAACUGCAAAAUUAAACUUAAACAGCUACAAUGCAUAUAAAUCAUUUGUAAAUUCUUAACAAUGCGAAUUGAUCACCGCUCUAGAGGCAUAAAUCAUGUAACUCAAAAACUUAAGAAAAGCUCUUGAAGAUAACUAACAAUAAGAAAACACUCUACAUCAAUUAUCUAUUGAUCAAUAAUAUUACAAUCGAUUAACUUUUGAAAGCGAGAAAUUGUCCUCCUUUUUAAUCACUUCUUUUUAUAGAACUAAGCAAAGUGAAAUGCUGACAAAUGUAUCAUAGGCAUUUACAAUCAAUUUUCUCGCUUUUUAACCUUCCUGGCUUAAAUAACUUGAGUAAUAAUACACUUAACUCUAAUAAAUUUUAAACCUCAUACUUCCCCCUAUUUAAAUAUUCCAAUUUCAAAAUUAGACUGUGUUACAGUUUUCAUUUUUGUUAUUGAAUCAAUUAUUUAAAAAGUUACAUUAAAACUAACAUAAUAUAUGGAUGACAUUUUUAUUUAAAGAUUUUCUUUCAGCAUCAUUUUAGUUUGAUGAACAGUAGCUUCUGUAGAUAAAUUCAAAUUUUCAUGAAAAUAUUAAUUCCUCCUUAUUUGAUGCUUAUUUUAAAUAUGUAAUCAAUGAUAAUAAUAAUCGAUAAACCAAUGGUGCAUUAAAAGAUGAACUCUUAAUACUUCAAUUUUAAGAUCCUUAAAUAGAAUAGGUUGAUUUAUAAAAUUAAUAAACACCUCCGAAAUCGAAAGAUAAAAUUAGCUUUUUCCCUGAUUUCUAAGAUAUUUAAAUUUUGUUUGGCGAAAUGAUUCUCCUUGAAAUAUUUCACCUAUUCUUUAAUUUAUAUUUAAGUAUAUUCAGAAUUCUAAAUUUAUAAGAAUCAGUGGAAUACUUGGGAGAAUAAAUUAAAUUGAAUGAAUUAUUGCUCUAUUUAAUUAUAAGUUAACUUUAAGAUAAAAUAAAAGAUUAUGAAAUCUACACAUUUUUCAAAUCAUCUUUUAUAGAAUAAUAGGCCAUCCAACUUUAAGGAAUUUUUACAAUUUUAUCGAAGUGCAAAAAAACAUUUCUCAAAUUGGAUGAAAAUUCUAGAGAAUUAUUAUUAAUUUACACUCAAAGAUAAUUAGGAAAUAAGUCUUUAGUAAAGAUUCAUGAUGCUAAAUAAAAUUUACUUACAACUCCUGAUAAUAUUCUUAGAAAAAUAAGCUAUGAAUCACAAUAUAAAUAAUUAUGCAGAUUAUAAAUUGUGAAUAAUUUAGUCUUUAUUCAUAGCUUUAUUUUGUAAGACACAGUCUUAUGA